GCAAGCUGCCAGUGUCACCCUCCCGUCAUGGUAAGCCGCCGGUGGUCCGUCUCUUCCGCUGCUUCUUAAAUUCAUCGUUUUCUCACCAUGGAGCUCGAAAAGUGGCCCAUUUUCAGCCUCCUUAAGCCGGAGUUUGUGGAGAAGAUGAAGCUUGCCUGCGUAUUUGGAAACAUAGGAAAUGAGGCCAUCAUAGUGACCAAGGAUGAUGAUGUUUACGCCAUGGGGUUCAACGGUGCUGGUUGCCUUGGGGUUGGGGACCAAAACAGCACCAUGGAGCCAAGGAAAAUUGAACCCCUAUGCCAGAAAAAAGUAAAAGGUAUAGCUUAUGGAAGUGGUCCUCAUGUGUUGGCAUAUACAGAGAGUGGAGAGUUAUAUUCCUGGGGCCACAAUGGGUACUGUCAACUAGGUAAUGGCUCCACCAAUCAAGGACUAACACCUUAUCUGGUCACCACACACCUGCACAACAAGCGGGUGACGAGGAUUGCUGCUGGGUCACACCAUUCACUUGCAUUGACGGAAGAGGGAGAGGUACUGGCUUGGGGUCAAAACAACUAUGGACAAGUUGGGUCUGGAACAACAACAAAUCAGCCAACUCCUCGACGAGUUAUUGCAAACCUAGGUGGGAGGCAAGUUGUUGACAUAGCCUGUGGCCAGACAUCCUCCAUGGCAGUCAUGGAUAAUGGAGAAGUAUAUGGUUGGGGGUUAAACAGCAGCGGGCAGCUUGGUCUUGGGAACAAUGUGAAUCAACAGAACCCGAGUAGAGUUACAGCUCUGCAGGGUGUGAUCACAAAGAUUGUUUGUGGAUAUUCCCAUACACUUGCGUUAAGUGACGAAGGCAGUUUGUGGGCUUGGGGAGCCAAUAGCUAUGGUCAGCUGGGCACAGGAAACAAGGCUAACCAGUGUGUUCCAGUAAGAGUAGCACAGGAACUUGGGCGUAUUGUUGAUAUUGCUUCCUCACACUGCUGUCACUUAUCUGCUGCAAUGACUCAGAACUCAAAAAUAUAUUUCUGGGGACAUUGUAAAGGUCAGAGUGUAGUAGCUCCCAUGGAGACAGGAUUUAGCAGUUUGCAUGAAGUAUUUGCUCUCUGGGCAUCUCCAAGUGUAACUUAUGAACCAAUCAACGUCACAGGCUUCACUCGAUCUUCCUUAGCCCAAGCAAUGUCAGUUGCUUUGGAUGAUGAGGAGACGGCUGAUGUUGUGUUUGUGGUUGAUGACCGUAGGAUUAGAGCCCAUCGAGCAGUUCUCAAGAUAAGGUGUCAGUACUUCCGUAGCAUGUUUCAAGAACACUGGAAAGAAAAUAAUUUAGAAGAAGUGGAAGUGAAGGACUAUUCCUUUGUUGUGUUUCGAGCAUUCCUUCAGUACAUUUACACUGAUACUGUUGUUGUUUCACCUGAGGAUGCCAUUGGUUUAUUAGACUUGGCCAAUGCAUACUGUGAAGAGGCCCUGAAGCGACACUGUGAACGUAUAAUUCGACAUGGCAUAACCACAGAAAAUGCUGCAAUGCUGUAUGCUGUUGCCAUAAAAUAUGAAGCAACAAGGCAGAAUGGGACAUGUGUAGAUGAGUCCCCCUGUUCAAGCACAGUGUGGCAGGAGUUAGAAGAAUUCUGCUUCCGAUUUGCUCUUAAUCACAUGACAGAAGUUGCACAAACAGAAGCCUUCAUGGCACUAGAUGAAUUGACAGUUAAGAACUUCAUCCAACGAGCAGCGCAGCAUGGAGCCUUCAAGUACUGAUAUUCUAGCUACUUGUUGAUGAGAAUCUCACAACAGCAGCAGCAGCCCAGGCACGGCCAGCACUCUUAAUGUCACAGUCAGGGUGUUGUGAGUGGCAAGGCAAAGGGGUCAGUGGUGGUCUGAUACGGGCAGUGGUGACAAGAGAGAUAAUAUCAUCAGCAUUCAUCUUGGGGACAGCCAAUCAAUGUUGUAUGUGUGAUAUGCUUUAAGAAAUUUUUAAGUUUACAAUUUCAGAUGCUCCAUUUCAGAACAAAUAAGAAAAUAAAAUAAAAAGAAUGAAGAUCCCAGCUCAUUCUGAAAAUAUGUAAGUUGCACAGUGAUAUGAGCAGCAGUCAUGGUUGAUACAAAGUUAGAAUUAAGUUACUUUACUGCUAUUAGAGUAUCUGUGAUAUUUAUAUGAUUUGUUUUAUAGAAUUAUUGUUCAUUAUUUAAAUUAUGUUUUGUUAUGUUAUGCUUUCUAUGUGAGCCAAUGAUUUAUUAUUUAUUGCAGAUUAUGAAGUCUCAUUUGAAGUUUAAGGAAUUGGGCUAAUAUGGUUGACUUUAGCUUUAUUACUGCUUUCAGUACUUACAAAAGAAUUAUUGUGGUACCUCAGGUUACAAGUUAAUUUGCUCAAAAAGGCCACAUCAUUCAUUACAGUCAAUUUCUUGAGCAACAUUGUGGCUUCUGUAAAUUAAGUAAACUUUAUUAUAAAAUGACUAAGAGCUGAAGAGCAAAAAUGAAUGAGGAUAUGACUCCACAACUCUUUCCUCUAUGAGAGGAUAGUGGCGACUGAGAGCAAGUGUUGUUGGGUAUCUUUUUGUUUACCGUCAGUUGCCUGAUAGAAAACAAAGGCCAAGUCUUCUGCCUUUUUAGGUGCAUGUAACUAAAGUCUUUGCUUAUAACUAGCAGUGUUUUUUUAUCAAACAUUCUUUACAAGUAAAUCACAUUAGUCCUAACCUCAGAGAUUUGUAACCCAAGGUAUCACUGUAAUUACAGAAGGUAUGUUUUACAUUACAUAAAUUAUGAUAGAUUUCAGGAGCACACAGUAUGUUGGUAUUUGACUGUGAUGUGACAAAAUUUUGUUUCAGAUUUGUUUAUUUAUUUAUUUAUCGUUAUUUAAACACGAGGAGAAUUGACAGUUAUUUGUGAAAUAUGUAAAAGGCGAUGCCUGAUGCAGAACAUUUUCAUGAAAGUACAAUAAGCAUUGCAUUUUGUCUCUUAAAUGCUGUGUUUAUUAUUGCACUUUAAGAAACAUACUUUUGUGUUCCAUUCAAGAUAUUUUCUAAGCCUAUAUUUCUUUUAAUGUUUUUUUAUUAUUAUUUUCUAUUUAUGAUAACACUUAUGAUUCUCAUGUGUUGUGAUAUUAAGUGGAAAUCCUUUUAUUCUUUUUAUUUUUAAGUGUAUUGAAACAUUCCAACAUUAUGUAACUGCCUGACACUUAAGCUGUAGAUUAAUUUUAAGUUUGUUUCCAUUCAUCUGUAGAUAAAGAUUCAUAGACAAAGUUUUUCUCUCUAUUUCACAUGUGAGAAAAAAGAAUGAUUAUAUAUAUGUUAUUUUUCAGAAAAUGUGAAUUAUGUUGUUUAUUUUUUUUUUUCAUUCUUGUGGGGUUCAUCAUUCUUAUUAUUAUUGGCUUUGGUUAGCUUCAGCAUUUUACUAAUUAAGUAUUUUUUUGGUUGAUUUUGUGUCUCAUCAGCUAAACUUUUUCCUUUAAUAUUCUGGUAAAAUUUAGAGGCUUGAGUGAACUUAAGACAUCUUGACUUUGUGAAUAAGUUAAGGUUUUCAGUUUAUUGUAUUCAAAUAUGAUUGCUUACAAGCUGUUAAGGUCAGAUAAAUUUGAAUACUUCAGCAAAAUGCUUGCAGAUUCUCUCUCUCUCUCUCUCUCUCUCUCUCUCUCUCUCUCUCUCUCUCUCUCUCUCUCUCUCUCUCUCUCUCUCUCUCUCUCUCUCUCAACCAAAGCCCAUAACUUCAGAUUAAAAUAACUUUUACUACUUAAUUUAGAAUUAAUAAGAUAUUUAUUCUAUCGAGGAAUAAAUGUAAAAUCAUUGUAACAUUCCAUCUGUGAUGCUAUAAGCUCUUGAAAAGAGAAUUAGGGAAAUUAGAUAAGUUUAUGAGUUUUGAUGUUUUGCUUUAUUGUUAUUUUUUUAUCAAUCACAUGCUCCUUCUAUGGUGAAAUUCAAGCUAUAAAGUCUAGUUGUCCAUUUCUAUCUUCAUGUUGAAGUUAAUUUCCAGCAUUGAAAGCUAAUUAUCUUUUUUGCAAUGUGACAGGUUUGUGUGCAGAAAGUUUUCUUAAGUGGAAAAUGAAGUGGCUAUUGCAUUGUCAGUUGAAAUUGUGCAUAGAAAGCAGGAUGAGUUUAAUGAUUAAUAUUAUUGAAGAGUUAUUCUUAUAGAAAGUCAAAUAUUGCAUUUCCAAAUAAAGUGAGUUUGAAAACUGUAGAAGCAUAUGAGCAUUGCAAAUUCUUUUCAUGUGAAAUUCUGGUUGUGAAUGAAGGAGCAAGGGUGUGCAACUUUAAGAUUGCAUGACUGAUACUAGUCAUUUUUUUUGUGUUUUCCUUAAAGGAAGAUUUCAUCCUUAAAGUUUAACAAAAUCUGAUAUUUUUAUACUUAAUUCAUAGUUGAUUAGAAAAUAAUGUUUAAUUUUAUGAAAUAUUUGUCUGUAUAUUUUUACGUGUCUUUCACAAUAUGGUACUCUACUUCAGGAUUUUAUAUUUCUCAUAACAGAUUUUAUGUUAAAACAGUAGCUUAUUCAGUUGCAGAUUGCACAAGAUUGUUGUUAGAAAAAUUUUAUUUGGUAUGACAAGGAAUUAUUAUCAAGAGUACUUGAAUACAUGCCUGUUACUAUGAUUAAUUGUGUGAGCAUAAAAACAUUAGAAAAUACAGUGGAGACUCAAUACUUGAAUUUAAUUAGUUCCAAAUGGUUGUUUGAAUAUCAAAAAGUUUGACUAUCGAUACUUAUGAAUUAAGUAAUUACACUUAAUCCUCGGCUAUCGCACCCAAUUGGGGCCGAAAUAGCCACGCCAUAGCCGAAAACGCGAUAGCCUUAUUGAUCUUGGCUGGAAGGCGGUUUUGGCCAAUGAGUGCUCAUAUAUCUCAUAACGUCAUGGCUGGGCGCACGAUAGCAGGCAUCUGAGGUCGCGAUAAUGAAAUUUUAGCAGCUUUUCAUGGGUGCGUGAUAGCAAUAAAACGCGAUAGCUGAAGUCGCGAUAGCCAAGGGUUGACUGCAAUUCAAAUCUUAGCGAAACCUCAAGUUUAUAAAGAUUUCAAUGUAGUUUUUGUUAUAAUUUGAUUUUUAAAUACUGUAAGUGAAGGCUGGUGAUGGAUAACAUAGAAGAGGGGGGGAGAAGGAUGGGGAGGAGGAGGAAGGUCAUCGGAGGACAAGUCACCAUCCAUGAAAACGUCUUUGUAACUUUUCUCCUGGUGUUAUGCCUGUGAACCCACUAGUGGAGGGCUAUUACUCACUAACACUUGCACUCUCAUUAGAUUCCUUAUUUUCACCACUAUUAAGCCUCUUUGGUGCCAUUAUAAGUCUAAAUGAAAAACUACUGUCAGAACGCAGAAGAAUGUAAUUUUUCUUAAGACUGUGGCAGGACUAGGGAUGAAUACCGGUAUCUGGUAUACUGGAUUAUCAGCAUUGCCAGUAAAACCGGUAUCAGAAUGGGACAAUGGCAGCAACGGGGAGGGAGAGGACAGAGGUUUGUUUACAACCAUGUGUGUGACCAUUCGAUUACCAGAUAUUUUCACCACCUUUGGUGUUAAUGCAAGUUUAUAAAUGAAAAACUACAGACAAAACACAGGAAAAUGUUAUUCUGAUGACCACACAAAUGACGAAGGGGGGGAGGGAGAGGUCAGGGAGCCUUUGUUUACAACUACGUGUGUGGAUGUUUGAAUAUUGGGUAUUUUUUCGAGUAUUAAAUCAAACUUUUGCAUUCGAGUAUUGAAAAGUUUGACUAUUAAGACACUCGAGUAUUGAGUCUCCACUGCACCAUUUUGCAAGCUGCAAGAAACCAUCAAGCCUACAUGUGGCAGCCCUUGUGUUACAACACCUACUCUCAUAUUUCUGUUUUGCAGGUGCAUACAACAUAACCCUCCAAGUAUCAUGAAGUAAAACUGAGGAUGUUUAUUUAGUUGUGAUGUGGAUAUUAGAUGCUUAAUGCAUUUAAUAUGCAGCUUUAAUAUGGUCUUUUUAGAACUUUUAACAUAUGUAUUUAUGUAACGAUGCUGAAAUCAGGUUAUCAUAUAUUGUGCAUUGCCAUACGUUUGUUCUAGAACAAUGAUGUGGUAUUGUGAAAUGUGGAGAGUAAUGAGAUGUAAGGUUAGUAUAGAACUAACUGAGGCAGAUGAACAUGUUUUCAAGGAGGUACAGUGGCAACAAAUAUUUACCGAUGCAAGUACAGUACUGAUGCUUGAACCAUUACAAGUUCAACCUCCCAAAUUAAAAAUUCUGUCAUUUGGCAACUCCUGUAAGCUGCCAUAAUUUAGAUGUGCUGAAUUAGUUUAAAUGUGCCACAAUAAUUUACAUUUGCCAGCAUCAUCUUACCAUGGCGGACAGUGGUUAGGACACGACGUACAUAGUUAUCGUCAGAUCUCACAGUAUUCGUGGCCAUCAGUCUUCCCCACUGUCAGUCUUCCCCAUUGUCAGAAGUCAUGCUAAGCUAGAAUGCACACUCACAAUGUCAAUUUUAGAUUAAAAAUUAAAUUAAAUUCUAAAUGAAUUUUGGUUCUUGACAUAACUUUCUUGGAUUUAAAUUGUUUUUGGCAUCAUAUUACUGCAUACAAUACUUUUAGGAAUAGUUUGACAGUGUAUCCAAACAAGAGAAUCACAAUUUAUCAGAGAAGAUUACGGCUGACAGCCUGAUGCAUGCAGGCCAUGUGAAGCAUGGUUUUUUAGAGUUUGGGAAAAUUCGUUUUACUCCUGGCAGUUAUUUAUAAUAAUGCUUUAUUGCAUCAAAGAAGCAUGUUAUUUACUCAUUACUACUGAUAUUUAUUGUUACAUUUAUAAUAAAAACAGUUGGGAUCAUAUUACAGUAUAUACAGCCAUGUUAUCAUGAUGUUGAUAAGAGUUCUAACAGUCAGAGGUGGUGCUAAAACAGGGUGAUUCCCAUCUUAGCACUUAUGAAUGACGUCAGAAGUUUAUAGCUGGCCACAGAUUGACUGUCUGAAGUGCACCAUUUUUCCUGCCCUGACUGACAUCAUUAGCUGUGACAGUUUGUAAAGUAUGUGUGGAUGUUAUUUUGAGGACCACCUGUAGUCUGGAAUUUUCUAUGGUCUGGCAAGCCUCAGGUUUGGAAGUUGCUGGAUUUGGGAGAUUCAACCUGUAUUCUGAAACCAAUUUCUACUUUGUAUGUAUUAUAUAAUUUUGUAUCAUUAUUCAUUACAUUUAGUGCAUAAAAGUGAUAUACAUCCAAGUAAGUUGGGGGUUACACACCAUCCUUAGAUUAACAAAACAAUAUGUAUCAACAAAAUGCUCAAUAUUAGAAAAAGAAAAAAAAAAAAAUGGUAAGACAGUAGGAUGUAAUACUAUACUUUUUACACCUUUUUAAAAAUAUUAUUCAAGCAAAGCUAAUCUACAUGUAAGUUAUCUGAUCAUAAAAAAAAUAUUUUGCAAUUGACAUUUGAAGAAAAUUUUGUCUGAAGGUAGGAAAAAAGUGUUACCAUAAUAUAAACUUAAUUGACUCAUUUAAUCUAAAUCUUUGAUAUAAUAGAUGCUUGGAGAGAAAGACUAUCAAGAGAGAUAAAUAUUAACCUUUAAACAGAGGCCAGUACCUUUCAGUUAAGCAUCAUAUAAUUACCAAAUUAAAUAUUUUCUUUGUAGGUGAUGAACUAGUUACUACAAUUGAAUUAUAUCUCCUGCCAUGAAUAAAAGCACAGUAAUAAAAUCAGUUUGAUAGAAAACUCUUUUCAUCUUAGUUUUGCUCAAAGUACUGCACAUUUGACGUGUGUUUAUUAAUUUCCACAAGAAACUCAGGCAGUAAGUAAUGUCACAGCAGUAAGACAUGUGCUGAUGUAGGAAUGAUUAGUAUAUUACUGUAGUAGUUUUACAUGAAUUACUGAUUAUGAAAACAAUACAACUUGUUCCCAUUAAUAUUGGCUUUUCAUAGUUUUUUUUGUGUCAAGUACAGUAUUUUGAAUUUUUAAAUUUGUACUUUAUACUCGAACCAUUCAGAUAAUGGAUUAUGAGUUAUUGAUUUAGCUUUAAAUUUCAGUUUAAUGAUUACAUGUUUUGUAGCAUUGUCAGCUCUUCCAGUUAUGAUUGACACAAUGAUGGACACCUUCAUGGUUGGAGAACUAAGCUGUUGGUUGUCAGACGUUGACAUGGAAGAUAUUGAUUUAGAAUAAUUUACCAAUAAACCAAAGCAAGUAGAAAAAAAAAUCAAGGUGACUACUUGUAUUUGUCUGCAGUAGGUUGAUGUAGUUGGCUUAGGGCCAUAAUUUGUUAUCUAGAUUUUAUGGUGAAAUUGUUUGAUGACAUAAGCUUAUUCUUGAAAACACCAAGAAUUAAAGAAUACAUUACUUAAACAGUGCAAUAAAACAUGUUUAAACAGAACCUUUCAUCCUACAAUCCUUAGUAUAAUAUUUACUACCUGGAAAUGUAAAUUUUGCACUGAACUGUCAUAUUAGUUGUAUGACAAGUCAUCCGCCAUAAGCAAUGCUUACAACAUUCAGAUACAUUGUAUGUUUUGUACCUCACUGUUUUUUCUAAAGCCUGAUUUAAUCUUUGGAAUAUAUUCUUUGAAGAACAUGACUCUUACAUAAUCAAGAAUGGAGUGUUUGGACGAAGAGGUAACCAUCCCUUGUGGGACACCUGCAGAGGGAGUGACAUAUCGUUGAAAUAGAAUGGUCACAUUUUCAAUACUGGUUUUGUUGACACAGAAAUUCAGUAAUAAGAUUGUUAUAUAAAUUAUCUAAGUGCUCUUGCAUUAAGUCACUUUCUUUUCUUUUCAUGUUUACAAUUUUUUGAAGAGCUAAAUGAUGGACCAUGCUGCUUUUUCUUGAAAGAUGAUAAUAAAAUAAUUGGCUACUUUGUGAUGUUAAUGACAGAAAUCUUAUAAAACAUUCAUGGGAUUAAGUUGAUUAAUAAAUUUUGUGUGCUGGUUGUUUUGUGAUUCUUAGUUCAUAUAUAUAUAUAUAUAUAUAUAUAUAUAUAUAUAUAUAUAUAUAUAUAUAUAUAUAUAUAUAUAUAUAUUUAUUACAAGUACUAAAUCUUUUCUGAAUUUGAAAAAUGCUCUUGUAGAAUUUUUUCAAAAGCUCUCAAAAUGAACUACAUUAGUUUUUGGAUUAUUUACACAGUGUCCUUCUAGGGUAUUUAUUCUAUACUGGGUGUGUAGUAAUGCUAGUUCAUUGCCUAUCAAGGUGAUUGACUGGUAUGUAAGAAUUUCAGGAAGGAAGGCAGCAAAGAAAAUGGCUGUUUGCAAUCCAUUUUUUAAAAUGUGAAAUUAUUUGUUUUGCUUGUGAAAUUUUCUACAUGACAAUGUGGAUUCUGUGGAAAUGGAAAAUUGGUUGUCUUAUGGCUAAGAGAUUGAUAUAUGACUGACCUAAUUUUGAAUGUGUGAUGGAAAGCUGAUAAGGUAAAAACAUAGGAACUUCCAUAAAAUCACAAAGAGAAGUACAUUAUGAUUUCUAGCAGUCACUUGCCCAUACAUCCUGGAGAGUUGAAAUUUUGCUGGGAAGUUUCUGAUCCAAGUGUAGCUGUGUUGAGAUUCUUGUCAACAAGUAGGUUCUGACUGACGACAGGAACAACAAUGGUUAAUGGUUUUGCACAUAUUAUGUUAAUGAUGGUUUUUGAGAAAGAUAUGAAUGUUUGAGAACAAACAUUGUGACCCAUUGUAUAUUCUAAAUAAUGUAGUGUGUUGUUGAGCAUGUGUGACAUGCACAUAUAAGCUGCUAAUGAGAACACUUGAUAGUGUUAAAGCAGUGAAAACUGAACUGUUCAAAUCAUUGCAGCCAUACAGUUGUGGUAUAUUAGGUCUUUCAUUGAAGAGUACUGUAGCAGUACUACAUUAGUUCAAAGCAUGGUAAACAGUAUUUUAAAGUAUGUGGUGAAUACAGAGCUGAAGUAUGAUGUCACACUGGUUGUGAACAAACACUGGCUAUGACUGAUUUUUUUUUUUUUUUUUAAUAAGAACAUAUGUUGAUAUUGGACCAGGAAUUACACAUUGUUUAUAACCAGUGUGAUGUAUCAGUUUUGUAUUCUAUAGGUAACGGACUACAUAUUUUCUUUGGAUAUUUUUUAGGUGAUUACCAAUGACUUCCAAGAUAAAAAAUUCCUGUAAUGCUUAACAUUUUUGUAAAAUGUUUUGAGCACUAUUUCCAAUUACUAUGUAUUAUAUUUUCUUUAAUGCAAGGUGAUUAAAGGAUUAAAUAAUCCUCAAAUUAAGUCAUCACAAGGGAGCCCCCCUCCAAUGAAGUAAUUUGCCCUGCUGCUAGGCAACAAAGGCUAUAUAGCUGCUAGAUGUCAUUAGUGGGGUUCGAAUCGAUGCCCCGCAAUCUGCCACCAUUGUGGCAGAAUGCGGCGCCUUAAUCCGCGUGACCACUAAGGACACUUAAUGCAAGGUGAGGUCAUAUGGUAAUUGCAUACAUAGCAGUAAAAUGGCCACAUUCCUGGGAUGUAAGUACACAGUUGGACUGGUCUCGGAACCAGCAGCUAUUUAAGUAUAGUAUAAAAGAUAAUUUUAGAUGAGAUAUAACUGAUGUAAGUAAACAUGGUAUAAUAAAAGAGCAAAUUCU